GCCUUUAAAGGAAGGGGAAUUUGUAGUAGUAAAAUUGUAAACAAUCUAAACAAGACAUUUUUAAAUAGACACUACUUUAUAUUGAAAAACUAAGAUUAUACUGAUAAAAAUGACUCUACAAGAAUGCAGGAUAUGUGAUUCCAAAGAGGGAUGCUAUGAUAUUUUCAAAGAAGAGCUAAACUUUGGCCCUACAGUUAGCAGAAAUGUAAAAGUUUACAUUAUUUUGAAUAAUUUUCUUUAUGAAAAGCUUUACACUCCCGACGAGCAUUCCUCUUUUAUCUGCCAUUUGUGCUGCAAUAAACUUUGCGAUUCCUAUUCUUUUAUGACUGCUGUAAGAAAAUCGGAGCAACUUCAAAAACAAGAAAAAGUUGAAUUGAAAAAUAACAGUCGGAGCUCACCUCAAAAACCUUCAAUCAUAAAAAUAAUUGUAGAUACAGCGAAAGAAAAAGUUGGUUUUACGGAUACAGCUUUAGAAUCUAUUCAAAAUAAUGACAUCUCAGAUCAUUUCGAAAAUGAAGUUAAAACUUGCCCAAUCGCCGGUGAUAUAACAAAAAUUAGUGAAGAGAACAACGAUAAUUUUAUGGAGCAAUCAAAUUGUUAUCGAGAAUUAAGACAAGAUCCUUUAGAUGAGCCACAAUUGAAAAAAACCAAACUUCAUCAGAUAACAAAUGGCUUGCCUUCUUCUAUAACAUAUACACAUUAUGAAUUUCAACAAUAUAUAGAGCAAGAUCAAACAGUGAUUACUUUGAAUGUCACCCCUGUUACUGCUGAGCGACCUGAAAAAGGAAAUUAUAAAUUCGACCCAUUAUUGACAAACUCUUGCGAUACUUCUUCGAUAUAUAAAUGCAAGCAUUGUAUAAAAGCUUUUUCGAAAGCUGAGUUUUUAUUAAAACAUACAACGACAUCUCAUCUCUGUCUAUUAUGUAUGGAAAUUGCUAGUAAUUACAAAGAACUUAGCGAUCACAUGAGAAAAUUCCAUUCAAGUAUCAAUUGUGCGUUUUGUGGAGCAAUGACAUUGCUAAAGCUGCCAAGAUUAUUAAGUAAAAGAACUAGUAGCAAGAAUAGCAGAUUGGAACUAAUCAAGAAUCAAAUUGAUUUCUUUUGGUCAUCAAGAUUGCGUAGAAGCAUUCAAGUUUAUAAUUUUUAUCGUAAAAUUUGGGAUGAAAAAGCUUUACGUGAAUUCUUGAGACACAUGAAGAGUAAUUUCUUCAACAGAAAUCGAAAACUUUUACUAUCAUCUCUGGGGUUAUUUUUAUUCGACUGGGAAAAAGAAAGGAUAGAACUUGACGAAACCGUACAAGAAUUCUUCAAUGAAUUUGAGAGAAUAGAAUUUCUGAAGUUUCAAGCAACUUUCUCUGCUGAUGGAAAAGUACAAAUGUCAAAAGAUUCCAUUGUCGGAUCCAACCACGAACAAUGUAACAAAUAUCGAUUAAACGACAUGGAAGAUUGGGAAUUUUAUGUCCGACGCAAUAACAUGACUACCUGGCGUCGUCAAGAAGAUGAAGGCCAUUAUGCGUAUAAAGUUUACGUUAGUUAUCCUGAUAUAACUGCUGAAGACUUUUUAUUUGUGCAAACUAAUAUCGAUUACCGUCGUAAGUGGGAUGAUACAGCUGUAGCUUUGGAUGUGAUCGACACGGACAAAUUCGAUAGAGAAAAUGGUCAAGUUAUAUAUUGGGAAAUGUUGUGGCCGAAACUUUUCUCAAAUCGUGAUUAUGUUUUCGUACAAAAACAUUUUAUCGAUAAACAACGUAACUUAAUUUUAAUCGUUAAUAAAUCAACUAAACAUCCAAAAUGUCCGGUUAGGCCGGGGUUACAACGGGUGAAAGAAUAUUGGAGUUUCAUGGUGAUUAAACCAAAGACAACUUUCAAUGAACCUGGUCUUGAAUUUAUUUUAACAUAUUACGACAAUCCAGGUAUUAAAAUACCAGCUUAUGUUACAAGUUGGGUUGCUCAACGUCAACUUCCAGAUUUUAUCGAGAAACUCUAUAAUGUGACUUUUAAGCAUGCUGAAAAUAGAAAAUUAAUGAAGUGGGAGGAAAAUCAUGACCCAGGUUAUGAAUAUCCAAGUGAUAUUCGUUUAGAUGAGUUUGAAAGCAAUGCGGAAGAUGAAAUGGAAGAUAAUGUAAAUAGUAUGAACAGAACAAACGAAGAUGAAGAAGAAGCAGCACAAUAUGCAACAAAAACUUGUGAAGAAAAUGAAAACUCAGAAUCGAGUGAUCAGCAACGCAGAUCGUGGUGGAGCUAUCUUCUUCCGUAUAAUUAUCUUCAUUAGAUUCAGCAGGUUGUUCUUACUUUUUUAUACAGAAAUAGAAAAGUAGUUUGAGACAGAAAAGAUUCACUCAUAAUUUUGAAACUAAUUGAUUUAGAAAGGUUACAAAUUGCGAUUAAAAUCAUUUACUGAUUGAUAAAUUCAAAAAAAAAAUAUGUUUUUGGUUUUUCUGAUUUUGGUCAUCACUUAAUUACAUUAAAACGUUUACAUUAUGACAUGGUGAAAAGAAGCUUUUCGUUAUCAGUGACGUUGCGAUAAAUAAAGUUAAUAAUUCUCGCGGAAAGGUAAACACUCGAGUCUCUUAGUAAAAAAAAGUAAAAACAACAAUUUUAGAGGCGUGUGACAACGACGAAUAAUGAUAAGAAAAGUUUGAUUAUGAGAAUGAACAUCAAUCAACUUACUUUCUGUAGUACUUCAUUGAAGUAGUCAUACAUUUGUAGCCGAAUUGAAGAAAACAUAAAAAAAUUGCUUUCGUUGAUAACAUUUCACGAAAAUAAAAAUGUUCAAAAUCAAUUAAAAUUUUA